ACAAGAGGCACACUUUGUUGGGCUGGGGUGGCCGAGCCAUGAGAGAAAACUUUAUGGGAACAAAACACUUGGCCUGGGGGCCCACCAAGUGUGAAAAGAAGCAUUCCAGAGAAGAUUAAUUACCAGCUGCAAAAGGAAUUGCAGUAGAUUAGAACAGUUCAAGCGCUGGGCUCUUUUGUGAAAGUUUUCACAUGCAUGUUAGCGGGCUUCUUGGGCUGCAAGGAAGAAGGAAAGACGACCAGUCUUCCACGGACCAUUGAAGCAAGAAUUACUGAGAAUCUGAACACAAAAGCUCCAAUCGAGUUCGGUGGGUUUGGAAACCUGUGGCCCGGCUCUCCGCGCGUCCCCGUCCCCCCGUGGCCCUGGCCCCGGCCAUGAAGCGCAUCUUCUCCUGCUCCAGUUCACAAGUGGCGGUGGAGAGAUGGAACCGUCGUGAUCAGAAGCUGCUGGAGGCAGUGCAGCGGGGGGAUGGGGGACGCGUGGCUGCCCUGGCCUCCCGAAAGUCUGCCCGACCCACCAAGCUAGACUCCAACGGCCAGUCCCCGUUUCAUCUCGCAGCCUCGAAAGGCCUGACAGAGUGUCUGACUAUACUGCUCACAAAUGGGGCUGACAUCAACAGCAAGAAUGAGGACGGAAGCACCGCCCUGCACUUGGCCACCAUCUCCUGCCAGCCACAGUGUGUCAAGGUUCUGCUUCAGCAUGGUGCUAAUGAAGAUGCUGUGGAUGCAGAGAACCGCAGUCCAUUGCACUGGGCAGCCUCCUCUGGUUGUGCCUCAAGUGUGCUCCUGCUGUGUGACCACGAAGCCUUCCUGGAUGUGUUGGAUAAUGAUGGACGAACACCCCUGAUGAUCGCAUCUCUGGGUGGUCACGCAGCUAUCUGCUCACAGCUGCUGCAGAGAGGCGCCCGAGUUAAUGUGACUGACAAGGAUGACAAAUCGGCUCUGAUCCUGGCCUGUGAAAAAGGCAGUGCUGAGGUGGCUGGAUUGCUCCUGAGCCACGGAGCAGAUGUGGGCACAGUGGACAGCACGGGGCACGAUGCUCUGCAUUACGCCCUGAACACAAAGGACAAGGCACUGUGGAGGCUGCUACGACAGGCCCUGAACCGGCGACGGCGGGGAGGUCAGAGUCUAGUUCAACACCCAGAUCUUGUAUCCCAGGCCUCUCCAUCUGGGUCCCAGAUAGGUUCUCCACCUAAAAGCCCAUGGAGAGCAGAGCCUGAGGAGGAGCAGGAGGAAGAGGAGGAUGAGGACCCGUGCUCAGAGGAGUGGAGGUGGAAGUAUGAAGAGGAGCAGAGGAAAGUUUCUCAGUUGGAGCAGGAGCUGGUACGAAAGACAGAGGAGUGUAAGGCUCAAGCUGCAGCCUACCUGGGCCUGGAGAACCAGAUUCGAGAGCAGGUGCAGGAGCUAGGGCUCCUUUUGUCCCGACAGUCUGGCACUCCUGAGGAGGAGGGCUCUAGUCUCCGGCCUGGAGGGGAUGGCAUGGAGCAAGGCUGUCCCUUGUACCUGCUGGCUGAGCACAUACAAGAACUAAAACAGCGACAGGCAGUGGCCACAGUAAAGCCAACAUCAGAUCCCAAGAAGGCUGAGGAUUUGGCCCCAGGAGAAACCCAAUAUGAAGUACAUGGGAUGCCCCAACCAGAAGAACUGGCACCACUCCAGAGCCCAAGGUGUGAGAUCACUGGGAAAGCCACAGGACAGCCACCAACCAUCAGCAGGGAACAGACACUUAGCCCUAAUUGUACUGACCAGCAGCAUGCUGGCCAGAAGGAGCUGCUUCAGGCUUCAGAGGUUGAGCCAGCAGGUACAGUGACUGACCCAGUGGGUACAGCAGCCGUGAAGCAACUCCUGCUACAACUAAGGGAGGAGCUGGCGGCAGUGUGGAGAGAAAAGGAUGCUGCCCGGGGGGCUUUGUCAAGACCCAUCCUAGAGGGAGUCCUGGGGACUCCCCGAGCUGAGGCUGCAGCAGCUGCCUGGGAGAAGAUGGAGGCCCGGCUGGAGCGGGUGCUGGUGAGGCUUGACCGAGCAAAGGCAGGACUACAGGUGGCACCUGAGGCUCCUGCUCAGGAGUCCAGAGAGAGAACCACAAGGGCAGCCCCAGCGAGCAUCAGAGAGGACGAAGUGAAGGAGAAAAGGGCUCCUGGGGCCCGAGGAGAGCCCCUAGGGGCCCCUGGAGGAGAACAGGUCCCAGGAGGAGGCUUAGCAAGGGGACAUCUGGAGAAGGAGGUGUCUGCACUGAGACUGAGCAACAGUAACUUGCUGGAAGAGCUGGGAGAGCUGGGACGAGAGCGGCAGCGGUUGCAGGGAGAGCUGCAGUUCCUGAGCCAGCGGCUACAGCGGGAGUUUGUGCCCAAGCCAGAGGCGCAGGUCCAGCUACAGCAGUUGCGGAGAAGUGUGGGGCUGCUGACCGAUGAACUAGCCACAGAGAAGGAGGCCACAGAGAAGCUGCGGGAGCGCCUGGCCUCCCAGAGCAGCGGCCUCCGAGGGCUGUGGGACUGCCUGCCCCCAGACCUAGUGGGCAGGGGAAGUGCCCUGAGCUCUGCCGCAGAGCCCCUGGAGGAGCUGCAGGCCUGCAUCCGCUCCCUGGUCGACAGGCACCGGGAGACCCAGCAGGUGCUGACUCAGCUGGAGGAGGAAAACCAGCAGCUGCGGGAGUGCCUACCCUCAGGUGGGCAGCUGGACGCCACCUUUAAGGCCCAAGUUUCCCCUCAAGUGGCUGCUCUGGAGCAAGACCUGGGGAAGCUGGAGGAGGAGCUGCGGGCUGUGCAGGCCACGAUGAGUGGUAAGAGCCAGGAGAUAGGGAAACUGAAGCAGCUGCUCUACCAAGCCACAGAGGAGGUGGCUGAGCUGAGGGCCCGGGAGGCGGCCAGCCUGCGGCAGCACGAGAAAACUCGGGGUUCUCUGGUGGCCCAAGCCCAAGCUUGGGGCCAGGAGCUCAAGGUUCUGCUUGAAAAGUAUAACACUGCCUGCCGGGAAAUGAGUCGAUUGCGGGAGGCGGUGGCGGAGGAGCGCCGCAGGAGCGGGGACCUGGCAACCCGUGCAGCCGAGCAGGAGCGCCAGGCCAGGGAGAUGCGCGGGCGCUCUGAGCAGUUUGAGAAGACCGCAGAGCUGCUGAAGGACAAGAUGGAGCAUCUCAUUGGGGCUUGCCGGGACAAGGAGGCCAAGAUCAAGGAGUUGUUGAAGAAGCUGGAGCAGCUUUCAGAGGAAGUGCUAGCCGUUCGGGGAGAAAAUGCUCGCCUUGCCCUGCAGCUGCAGGAUUCCCAGAAGAACCAUGAAGAGAUCAUCUCCACUUACAGGAAUCAUCUGCUAAAUGCUGCUCGGGGCUACUUGGAACAGGACGUGUACAAUAUCCUACAGCGAAUCCUCAGAAUACAGGAGGAGUGAGGGAAUGAGAACAUCGGUUGGCAGAAGCUCCAUCAGGCCUUAGGGGGUGUGGGGAGGUGGUCACUAGGGGUAGUGUGGGGAGCUUCACCUGACAUUAUGGACCAAAGACCUGAGCACCUGGACCCUGGAAUCAGCAUGGAUGAGAUCAGAGGAUGUGUAGUAGAAGCCAGCUGUAUGGAAAAUAAAGCAGGAGGCAGGGUGGUGCUGAAUAUCAUUGUUGUUUCUUUUUUUCUAUCUAAAGGAGU